CUCGAAACCACAGCGAUCGCCAUGGACAUUGCGUUGCUUCCCGCGCUCGAGUCGUGGCAAGAUGCGUCCUUUGCCACGUUACCGUGGACCGUGCCCGUCGCGUUUUGCGUUGCCGUCAGCGUCUUCAUCUCGUACGUGCUUCCGUGUGUGUUUUCGAGCCCGCCACGCCGCUUGAAGCGACGCAUGACGACGACCGGUCUCACCACCCUCCUCACGGAGACCGCCACGAACCGAAGCAUCCUGUUCUCGAUCACGGUGCUGGACAAGAUCGUGGCCAAGGAAACCCUCGUGGACCACCUGCGUCCGCGCAUGGAACCGGCCUUCUUUGUCCGUUUCCGGUCGCGCGUGGUCGGGAGAGACUUUUGUCUCGUCGAAGAUUUCGACGUCGCCGAUCACGUGGACGUACACGAGCUAGACGGAUCCCAGGACGUUCAUCAGUACGCCGAAUCGUUGAACAAUGCGCCGCUCGACAUGGCCAAGCCGCUGUGGAUGCUCCAUGUUGUCCAUAGCGACGAGCAGACGAUUCUGCUAUGGCGUUUGCAUCAUUGCCUGGGCGAUGGCCAGUCCAUGUCGAUUUGCUUUAUGAAGUUGUGCGACAACGGCCAACAAGUGCUCGACGCCGUGGCUGCACCCCUCCGCCCCCGCGCGCCGCCUAUUUCCAUUGCGACGCAGGCGGCGCACGUGCUUCAAACGUUUGGUCGUCUUCUGUGGUCCAUUGCGUUGUACGUCCGCAAACUCGUCAGGAUGAUGUGCGUCGGCGAAAGCACACAAUACUUCAAGCAACCCGGCCACACGACCAAGCGCCUCGCGUACUCGUUGGCGCUGACUGUGACAGACACAAAGGCCGUAGGAAAAGGCAUGGGCGCAUCCAUCAACGACGUCAUGCUGUCUUGCGUGGCAGGCGCGCUCAAACAAAUGCUACCGGAAGCGGAGCGCCGCCCGCACAUGUUUCUCCGCACAGCCAUCCCAAUCAACAUGCGCUCGGUCACGGAUCCGUUCCAUACGACAAGCAAUGCGUUCAGCUCACUGCUCAUCGAUCUCCCCGUCGGCGAAAUGGACGGCGUCGAGCGCACGAAAAUAGUCGUUCGGGCCAUGGCCGAAGCCAAGUUGUCCAUGGAGAAGGAGUUCACGCUCUUGCUGACCAAGGUGAUGGCGGUCCUGCCAGAAGCGAUCAUGCUCGCCCUCAGCCGCACGUUUACAUCACGCGUGAGUGUAGCCGUCACCAACGUCCGCGGGCCGUCCGUCGACUUGUACCUGGGUGGAGCCAAGAUCGUCCAGUCCUUGGGGUUCAUCCCGCCCCCGCCGUCCGUGAAUGUCGGGAUCGCUAUCACGAGCAUUGGCAACACCCUCGGGGUCACUGUCGCCACGGACAAGUCGAUCGAUGCGGCCAAGUUGAUGGCUUCGAUCGAGACCGAGUUUCAAAUGCUCCAGGCCACCGUCAUGAAGGCUGCCCCCGACAGCGCCAGUCGAGUCCACGACGACGGCGGCGGCAUCCCCACUCGAUGACAUGUCUCGCUCCACGAUAUCGUGUCUUCAAUGAAAAAUCCAUCACAUAUUAAUGUGCGAAGCUCCCACCUCGC